GUCAGCGUUUGGAUCCUCAGUGGGCUGUGCAGCAAACAAGUUGAGGACUUCAACCUUGCCCAGAAGAAGUUGGGGAUAAUCUUCACCUUUGUGGAGCAAGCACAACCUGCCUGGCAAAGUUCGAAGCUGCCAGCUGAAAAGACGGAGAUCCAACCACAUUUGGAGUUCCCGCCUCCGAAGGAUGAUGACUCCGGCUUUGGACUGGAACCUUCGAACAUCCGCUCCAGCGAG